AUGUCCUCUUUGACAACGUCCAUUCCUGCUCGCUCCUGGGUCCUGGUGACCGGUGCCAGCGGCUUCCUCGCAUCCCAUGUUUGUCUUCAAUUCCUGAAAAGGGGUUUCAAGGUCCGAGGUACUGUUCGGGAUCCAACUCAAUCUUCGUGGCUCUUGGAAGGUCGCUUCAAGCCAUAUGCCGACAUCGGUGCCAUCGAGCUCGUCUCUGUCCCUCACCUUGGCGCUGAUGGCGCUUACGACGAGGCCAUCAAAGGCGUUGCCGCCAUUGUUCACACCGCCUACGUUACGAACAUCGUCCCCGACCCCAACGACGUCAUCACCCCCAUGGUCGCUGGCGUGCGGUCGAUCAUGAAUGCGGCUAUCCGAGAGUCCUCGGUCAAAGUGGCCGUGUUUACCAGCAGCGCCGUUUCAACCUCGCCGCUUGCUCCUGGCAUUGAUAAUGGCACCAUCGGACGAGACUCCUGGAAUGAUGCGGUCCUUGAGGCUGCCUGGGCGCCACCGCCAUAUGGCAUAUCUCACGCCAUGGCCAACUACCCUGCCAGCAAGCUAGCCGCCGAGAAGGAAGUUUGGAAAUUUGUCGAGAACAAUGACCUUCACUUCAAUGUCAAUGUCGUCUCUCCUGCAGGGUUGACUGGUGAGCCCCUCAACAAGAAGCACAUUGAGGGGCCAGCCAACUGGGUGGUCCACGCCUAUAGGGGCAACAAAACGGCGAUGGACCCAUUUCAAGCCUCCUUUUAUGGGGAUGUGAAAGACGUGGCAUUAGUCCAUGUGGCGGCAGUUCUUGAUCCCGAGGUCAAGGGCGCACGACUCCAAUCUUGGGGUCAUAGUACUCAUUGGAAUGAAGUACUCUCUGUACUACGCAGACUCCGUCCGCUGAAGAAGUUCGUCGACGACUACCCUGAUCCGCAUCAUCUAAAGGUAUCAGUCGAUCAAACGGAAGCCGUGGCGCUUCUAAGGAAGUGGACCGACGAACCACACAAGAACGGAUGGACUUCUUUGGAGGAUAGUAUCUUUUGGAACAUUUCAAAUCCAUAUCUCGAGGACUGA